CACUUUUUAACUCUCUCUCGUAAUAUUCAAACUAAUUAAGUCCAUAUAUAUAGAUGUACCAGUCUGUAUAAUCUUCACGAGGAGCGUUAGAUAUUUAGUCAUAAUAUCUCUCAGAAGUGUGAGAACUCGUUAAGCUCUUCUUCUCUCCCUUUCCAUCUCUCUCUCUCCCUCAAUCUCUCUCAGUGACACCAUGGUAACUCAACCUCCUCAAGAUGAUUAUCAGGACGAUGAGAAAACAUCGAGACAAAAAGAAAUCGAAGAUUGGUUACCAAUUACUUCAUCGAGAAAUGCAAAAUGGUGGUACUCUGCUUUUCACAAUGUCACCGCCAUGGUUGGUGCCGGAGUUCUCGGCCUCCCUUACGCCAUGUCUCAGCUCGGCUGGGGACCAGGAGUUGCAGUUUUGGUUCUCUCAUGGAUCAUAACACUAUACACACUAUGGCAAAUGGUGGAGAUGCACGAAAUGGUUCCGGGGAAGCGUUUCGAUCGCUACCACGAACUCGGACAACACGCGUUUGGAGAAAAACUCGGUCUUUACAUCGUCGUGCCGCAACAGCUGAUCGUGGAAAUAGGCGUUUGCAUCGUUUAUAUGGUCACUGGAGGCAAAUCGUUAAAGAAAUUUCAUGAGCUUGUUUGUGAAGAUUGCAAAUCCAUCAAACUUACUUACUUCAUCAUGAUCUUCGCUUCUGUUCACUUCGUCCUCUCUCAUCUUCCCAAUUUCAAUUCCAUCUCCGGCGUUUCUCUCGCCGCCGCCGUUAUGUCUCUCAGCUACUCAACAAUCGCAUGGGCAGCUUCAGCGAGCAAAGGCGUUCAAGAAGACGUUGAAUAUGGUUAUAAAGCGAAAUCAACGGCCGGUACGGUUUUCAAUUUCUUCAGCGGUUUAGGUGAUGUAGCGUUUGCUUACGCGGGACACAACGUGGUUCUUGAGAUCCAAGCAACGAUCCCUUCGACUCCUGAGAAACCUUCAAAAGGUCCGAUGUGGAGAGGAGUCAUCGUCGCUUACAUCGUCGUGGCGCUUUGUUAUUUUCCGGUGGCUCUCGUCGGAUAUUAUAUCUUCGGGAACAAUGUGGAAGAUAACAUUCUCAUGUCACUCAAGAAACCGGCUUGGUUAAUUGCGACGGCGAACAUCUUUGUCGUGAUCCACGUCAUCGGUAGUUACCAGAUAUAUGCGAUGCCGGUUUUCGACAUGAUGGAAACGUUGUUGGUUAAGAAGCUCAAUUUUAGACCGACCACGAUUCUCCGGUUCUGUGUCCGCAGUUUCUACGUUGCUGCAACUAUGUUUGUUGGUAUGACGUUUCCGUUUUUCGGUGGGCUUUUGGCGUUCUUUGGUGGAUUUGCGUUUGCCCCAACGACAUACUUCCUUCCUUGCAUAAUUUGGUUAGCCAUCUACAAACCCAGAAAAUACAGCUUGUCUUGGUGGGCCAAUUGGGUAUGUAUUGUAUUUGGUCUUUUCUUAAUGGUCUUGUCGCCGAUUGGAGGGUUAAGGACGAUCGUUAUUCAAUCAAAGGGAUACAAGUUUUACUCGUAAAUGCAAUGUAAUAUGACUAAUGUUAAGAAACAUAUUACUACAUUAGUAUAUGUGUGAAAAAAGAUUUGAAAAGAUCAACUCGAGACAGAAGAAUCAGUGGUCGCCUGAAUUUGAAAUAGCUUUUAGGCUUGUAUUUUUCUGUGUUUAUAGAUAGUAAUGUUAUAUAAAACAAUAUAUUAUAUAUGUUGUUGUGCCAAAAAAGACUAUAUUAUGUUCUUUCUGUUUCCAAAGUGUUUGGUUUUAUGUGAAUUUGA